GCGAGAGAGGCUGCUUUCUGCAUCACACCAUUCUAUUUCUCAUUUACAUUCCAGAUGCUGGCUCCUCUUUGGAGAGCCCCUUCUGCAUAUGAAAUGCCAGUCACCACUUGCUGUUCCUUUAUCCUUGAUCACACAGACUUCCUCCACAUUGAUGUGAGGGAGCUGGGAGCCCGGCACGUGCUGAAGAGAUUCCCCACUCUUCAUUCGACUGACAAAUGAAGUUGCAGAGAAGACUCUGGAUUGCAUUCUUUUGGGAUUUGUAGGAAAGAAACAGUUUGUGAGGUAUAUCCUGUGUCUGUUUUUUGUGUGUGAUUCUUUGGACAAAUAACUGUUUGCGAGCAACUGGGACGUCUGUGAUCGGAGUGGCAAGGAUUUUGGCUUCCUAUGUUUUUUUUUUCAUUUUUUUUUUUUUCAUUUUUGUUUCUGAACGUCCUGUGCCGGCAGCUGCCUGUCCUGCUGAAGCACAGCUGUGCUGCUCCCCAUAAAGGUGGGGGACUGAUAAAAGAGGGGGUACUGCUUGGAUUUUACAUGGAAUUGAAGUUACAGUUACCACCUGCCGCCUGAAACAGAUAUAGUGUUUUACUCAUUAAGUGAUUCUCCCUGGAAUACUAUAGCUGCUUGUGUGUGUUUUAGUGAAAGGAUUGCUGUGGGCACAGAAGACUAGUGGCUCGUUGCUGCUGAUAUGGAUGGCACCUGGCACGGACACCUCCCCCAUAUCUAACAGGGGCAGUUGUACUCUGGGAAGCCUUUGCUGAGCUAGGCCCCCAAGGAGCUAGCACCCUAAUUGUGCGCCCAAGCGCACCCUGAACAAGAUGAAUGCAACUGAGCUGAACUAUACCACAGAACCCUUCUGCCUGCUGAACAUUGGCUACUCUCAGAUUUUUAACACCUGCCUACUUGAAGUUGCUGUUAUUCUUUUCUUGACAGUGCUCAUCAUCUCUGGAAACCUGGUGGUUAUCUUUGUGUUCCACUGUGCCCCGCUACUCAGUCACCAUACCACUAGCUCUUUUAUACAGACCAUGGCAUAUGCAGACUUCCUGGUUGGGGUUAGUUGUCUUAUCCCCUCCCUUUCCCUCCUGCACCAUCUGGAGGGUUUGAAUGAGAGACUCACCUGCAUGGUCUUUAGCUACAUGGUCUCUGUGUUGAAGAGCGUCUCCAUGGCCUCUCUGGCAUGCGUUAGUAUUGACCGAUAUGUUGCCAUCACACGACCUCUUUCCUACACAGCUCUUGUCACACCCUGCCGUCUUCGCACUUGCAUUAUCCUUAUUUGGCUGUACUCAUCACUCAUCUUUUUACCCUCUUUUUUUGGUUGGGGCAAGCCAGGAUACCAUGGAGAUGUAUUUAAAUGGUGCUCUUCCUGGGACACCCAACCUAUUUUUACUGCAUUUAUUGUUGCGGCCCUCUAUGCACCAGCUGCUUUUACAGUUUGUUUCACCUAUGCCCAUAUCUUUCGGAUUUGUCGGCAACACACUCGACAGAUCAGUGAGCGGAGAGCUCGCUUUGGCCCACAGGAUCCUGAGCCAGGUGAGCAAGCCUGCACUGACAAACGCUAUGCCACCGUGCUCUUCCGUAUCACCAGUGUGUUCUACCUCCUCUGGUUACCCUACAUCAUUUACUUUUUACUGGAGAGCGCAGGGAUAUACCACCAUGCCAUUGCUUCUUUCCUGACCACAUGGCUGGCCAUUAGCAAUAGUUUUUGCAACUGUCUCAUCUACAGCCUGUCUAACAGCGCCUUCCGGAAAGGCCUCAAAAGACUCUGCCUUCUUUGCCUGCAACGUACCGACAACAAGAAACCCCUAGGAGAGCCACCAGCCCCUUUACACCCUGCUUGCCAUGUGUAAAAUCAUUUUUGGCAAAAUAGUGAGCUUGAUAUUCUUGUCAAGGAUCUUGUCUGGUUAGAAGCAAAUACUGAAAAAAUAGUUCAGUAUCUUUGCACGUCCUGGGUUUGAUAGAGGCAAAAUGACAAAAGUUUGUUAGCCUGUUUCUAUAGUUGCAGGAUUACCCAGCAGGAAAAAAUGGACCCUUGGUCAUUAGAUAUUAAGUAGACAGCUUUAAGAGAAUGGUGUUUGCAUUGGCAUUUGUGGAUAUGCCAUUUGUAGCAGUUUUUGCUACGUUGAUAAGUUAAGCAAUGUGGAUAGGAUGAAAUCUCAUUCUUUCAGACUGGAUUGCCAUUGCAAAAGUCUUAGACUGCAUUCAGUAGUUUGUAUGCAAAAUGUACAUCACAUUGGUUGCAUAAAGCAAACACUGAAUUACGCUGUCUGAUCCACAACUGUCAUCUUAAAGAGGACAAGCUCUUUCAGUAACUUCAGCUAGCUGAUCUUGUAGACUUUGUGGAAAUCUGAUCAGCCUUUGGUGAGUGUCGACUUUUAGUACUAAUCAUGUGGUCAACACAGUGAGAACAAAUUGUCUCUUUUUCUCCUGUUUACUGGCUCACAUUUGUUUAAAUGUAGGAACAACAGCAAAAAAGGUCUCUUAGGCUGAUCAAGAAACUCUAAAUAUUACAGAUCAGACAAUCUUUUAAAAUGACCUUUUAGGCAGAGAAUUACAAUGAAAACCAUUAGUAACAGUGGAUACAUGGGACACAUUACCCAUUUUUACUAGUAAUAUCUAAAUCUUGCCUCAAAUUUUCAAAGAAUAAUUUAUGAAGUCUAGGAAUCAACGAUAAGUCUUGACCUUCAGCAAUCACAAUUGGAAUUUUUUGCAAAAUCCCUUUUUCUAAAGAGUGGAGAUUCUCUCUAACCCUAAAGCAAUGCCACAAUUUUAUAGUCUUCCCAUUUUCUGCUUAUUUUAAGCCAUGAAGGAAUUACAUAACUAUGCCUCCAGUCAGAGGACAUCAUCCUCAAAAAAUGCAGAUAUACAACUGCAAACAGACUGGCUAUUUUGCCUGACUCCUUUUUAACCUUUGAUCACACUGGAGACAAACUUCCUUGCUGAAACGCAUCAACUCUUAUUACAUAUUCCAACUGUCCUGCAAGUCAUUCUGAAAAAUCUGUUCAACAUCUUGGAGAAUUUGGUCGGAUUCAACUUGGAUUUUAGUUUGAUUGGACAUAUGGAUUCUUGGAUUUGCCCUAUGCCCUGAAGUGUCAACCCUGUGUAACUCUUGCCUUGCUUGGCUUGUUUCCACAAGUUACAGUGUGUUUUAGUGGAUGAAUAGUUAAGGGGAAUGUGGAACAUCUGUUCUAACACAUUUUUCAAACGCACAAUGACACUGAAAAUAUUAAAUAAUGCAAUUAAGCACAAUACUGUAACACAUGACCAUAACAGAUGUUAAUUCUGUCAACGGACCCUUAAGAUGAACAAUGCUGCAGUGGUAAAGUUUGCUGAUGUGGGCAAGAACUAAAAAGAUUGAACUCCAGGUGCAUUAGAACAUUUAAUGUGCAAAAAUUGUAAGUCAGAGGAAAAUCUACUGAAUAAUGAUAUCUGAGGUCAGAUUUAUAUGGAAGAUUUGCCACAUUUGGAAAAGUUGAUCAACUGCAUCUUUCUGCGCUGUACUAUUUAUCUUAAUGAAAUAUUUAAGAAGCCUCGGACACAGAUUCUGUACAUAAUUCAUAUGUGGAGGUGCCAAGAAAAUUGUUAUUUGUGGUUUUUAUUUUCAUGCUGUGACUGAUUAUAAAUACACUCAUUUGGACGGUACUGUUAAUGGUUUCUUAUGCAGAUAGCUUUGUCCUUAUAGUUGACCAAAGUAACAAUAUUUAUUGGUGUACUCUGAUUGAAUUAUUUUUUUUAAUAUAUAUGUGUAUAUAUAUAUACAGAAGCUACAAAAUAUAUUGAGAUUGAAAAUACUUGCUGAAUGGAUUACUUCUUUGUAGUAGGGCGUUUAUUCUAUAAAAACAGUCUGCAUUCCUCUUUAUAUUUAAUGAAAUGAUAUUUAUGACCUUUACCUUCUCUUAAAUUGUUUUAAGAGAAUGUUUUCCAUCAGAGUGGGUUAUAUAUAUAAUGGCAUAUUCCCAAAUUCUUCUUUUUGUAUUACGCCAUGCUCUAAUUUGAUCACAAAAACAGUACUUUGACUGUCAGAUCUAGUUGUAUGCUAUGUCACUUUGAUUAAUGACUGAAUUGCCUAUAGACUUGCUUUGAUAAUUGUAAAACUGUGAUGUGAAGAAGUGUCUUAUGACUUCAAAAGUCUUUCUUCGAGUGUAUGGUCAAACUUUUGAUAGAUGAUGCGUAAAGUCUAAAACUGCCGUAUCAUGGCAGGUUGCUGUGCAAUACUUCCACUCACUAGAGAGAGCUGGAUAGUGAUAGAAAACAUAUUGCACACAAUAGAAAAAGGGCUUGUAUUUUCUUUCCUCAAGUGUCCCGAGUUGUUUGUUCAAAUGUACAUCUUGAUCUUGUUGCCUCUGGCCAUAGGCUGUUUUUAAACCAGAGCUGAAGGAAUUUGCGUAUCUCAGUUUAGCCAUUAAACCGUCCAUCCCUUUAUUGAUCGCACAUGACCAUGUGUGUGCACACACGUGCAUGGAUGUGUAUGCGCUUUAAACAGAACAAAGGCGCAUGUCUAUUCCAAGAACUAGUUUUUAGCAUUCGUCUUGAUUGCUAUUUAGACUUUAUAAUGCCCUUGGAGCUCUGGAUUUCCUCCUCCUCAUUGUAAGAAACACACUCCUUGUAUUUACAUGAAGGAAUUAAAUUAAACGGUGUAUUUGAUGGUCAUGCUUGAAAAGCUACUUCCAAAACAUCCACUUUUGGAUUGGUUGAGUUUUCCAAACCAUCCAUUUGUUACUUUCACUAAGACUGAUUCUGAGGGCUUUCUCAUCGGUCAACAAAAAAUAUAUUGAAUUUGUAGAUGGAUAAUUGUUAUGAAAAUCUGAAUCUUGAAGCAUGAGUUUCUGCUUAUUUUCAGAUGUUGUUUCUGCAAACUUGUUUCUGUCUGAAGGUUAUUGUAAGUUGGUUUUAAUGUACAACGUAUGUUUUGAAAUAAGAGUGAAUUUUGAGACUCUAACACUGCCCAAACAGGUGUCGGCAUUGCAUGUUGUGCUUCAUAGGCAAUGGUACUUUUGUCAUGAGUAAAAGUUUGUCAAGUUUGCCAUGCGUAAAAGCUGAAAGAUUUUGACCUUUGGGAUAUUUUAAUGCCAGAGGGCUUAUUUGUGUGUUUUUUUGAUGCCAAAGUCUGCUUUUUUCUUUCCUGUGGGAAAACUGCUCUGUUCCUGAAAUCAAAGUCAAGGGCUAGCGCUCUCAAGGGAGAGAAUCUCCCAAGAUGACUUGCUCUCUGCUGUGCCAUAUUAGGACGCAGGACCCAACCAGCCCCUGCCAUCGCAGAAAAUGGAGGGCUGAGCUGGAACAGUGUGCGUUUUCUCCCUGAGGAACACACUGCUCCGUGCACAAACAGACACACACGCGCAGUCUCUUCCGAAAGCUUGUCUUGAUUGAAUUUAUUUGUGUCUUUUUAACAAUCUGUUCAAUUGCUGAGCCAGGCUCCUUAAUGAAUUGCUCAUGAUCUUGCCCUUCUAAGUGGGUCAGAUUUUUAUUUGAUUAACUGGAGAAUUUUUUGUUUCACCUUUCACCUUAAAGCAUUCCAAAUCGUAUUUCAUUUCUUAUCGUUCCUGAACACUUUUCACUUGAGGAUAUGAAAGCACUGCAAGGUCAACAUUUGGACUGAAGGAAACUUGAUCAGCUUCUCCUUGUUUCUUCAGCAUAUCAACAUCGUCUGGUGUGUGUAUGGCUGUAGCUGAGGUACUGAUGUAGCGUACCGCAAAUUUUGUAAUGAUGUCAUGUUUUAGAAAAUAACUGUCAAUAAUAUAUUUAUAUUCUGGUAUAUCUGCACUGAGGAAAUAAAUGUGAUCUUAUCUGA